AUGCAGUUCAAUACCUUUCCAACCAUUGCUCUUCUGCUCCUAGGCCACCUCUCUCUUGGAGAAGCUGCAACGAACGGCUACACGAAGACCUGCAAUUCAAUUCGAUUUACCGACCAUCCCACCAGAGGGUCAUCAUGGAUAAUUGUGGCCAAUUGCAAGCAAACCAACACCGUCUACAACGUUGAUACACAACUCGCGCUUGACAAGUGUUUCGGUGUUUCCAAAGGCAAAAUCAUCAUUAAGGCGAAUGGUGGCUUCAGCUCGCACUGUCGUAAUGGCAAAUUGAAGAACGGUGUGUUGACUGGAACCUGUAAGGACGGUUCAAAGGAUGUCACGAGCUCAGUUAUUCUAAAAUGGACCUAUGAGAUGUUGAUUAAAGGCUCCGAAGAACGAUGGAUUAAUGCCUCGGAUGUUGGACGCUGA